GCGCUAUGCGGUCUUUACAAUACAUUCCUAAAGUAAUACAUAAGAGUUUUUAUUUUUCCGGAUGAUUUGUUGCUGGUGAUACCAAGAAAGCUUUCCUUCUCUCUCUUUCACGCUGCAAAUCGUUUCGUUUCCAUCGUCAUAAGGAAGGAUCGAUCUGGCGUUCGUGCAUCUCCGACUCAACGGAUCCCGAUAGUUUCCUUCCGUCAUCUUUAGGUGCGUUUUCCGGGCGAUCGUAAUUCAGUGGAAACCAAAACCUAGGGAUUCCGACGAUCUUGUAGAAUUGUUUGUAUAUUUGAUUACUUUGUAGCAGUUUCCGGAUCCGGGUUUCAGGAGGAGAUCCGAUUCUAGAUUCCACAGGGGAUUCAUUCAGUCUUUGAUUAGCCAGCAAUGUUCUAUGGCACAGCAGUGUGGGACCCAUGGCUAAUCGUUGGCCAGAUAAUCUGCCUCCAAUGCUCCUUUUACCUCUCUCUCGGAGUCUUCAUGAUUCUCUUUCUUGGCCUUCGCGUUCCUCGCCUUAGUCUUGUCUACUUCUUCGAUUACGCUACUCUCACUACCUCUACCGUCACCGGUUGGUGUGUCAUUGCCUCUUUCCUCUUCACUUCACUUGCUGGGGCUGUGUACAUGAUAUUUGUGGUGGAACGAGCACGGAAAUGCCUUGAUUUCUCUGCGACUCUCUAUAUCACACAUCUCUUUUUGUGCAUCGUUUAUGGAGGAUGGCCUUCGUCUAUGGCAUGGUGGGUUGUUAAUGGCACGGGGCUUGCUGUUAUGGCAUUGCUAGCUGAGUAUCUCUGCAUUAAACGGGAGCAGCGAGAGAUUCCUAUGGAUCGUUUCCAUUCAAGGGUUUGAUGGUAUGGUGUAUGAUGAACAAGUGAUGUAUGUACAGAGAUGAGAAUUGGGCAAAAGAAGAAGUUCAGCCAUGUUGGAUCACACUACCUCUACCCUGCAGCUUUAGUCACUUUUAACAGAUUUGGAACACGUUUCUUUGUUGCAUCCUUUUCAGUUAUAUGGAGAAAAUAAACCAUUUAGACUCUCGAAUGCUUUUAACGUUGCUUCGUGCGUGAACCAUCCGACAGUUUGUUAUCUUCUCAUUCAUUUUUUUGUACUUGGAUACUUGUCUCCAAUCAAGAUAUUACUUGCUUAGCGUGACUAUUCUUCAUCAUACUCUAUUAAGUCAGUUAAAUCCUC